GUACUAACUCUUUUCAUUGUACAAGUAAUUCCUAAGACAAUUCCCUCUUUCUGUUGCUUCCUUCCAUUUUCCAUUUCCCGUCUCUCUCUUUCUCUCUUCUUUCUGAAACUAUAUCAAAUAUGGAAUUCAACGACGAUAAUAACCUUGAUAUUCACCAUAUCCAACAACAACAAGAAGAAGAAGAUCAAGAAGAAGCAGAAGAAGCACUUUCUCUCUCCGAGCUUCCUCUAAGCAACGACAUGUCGUCCAAGAACAACACAACUAAUUCGAAUCGCCGGUCGGCUUCGGAGCCACCGGAGUUGUUCGAGUUCUUCAGCGACUUAAGCUCCGACCACAACAUGUCUUCUGCCGAGGACAUUAUCUUCUGCGGGAGACUUAUACCCUUCAGAGAACAAAGCCCUCCCAAGUUCAAUUUCUCCAAGGAUUUCGACGAGAAACCGACAUCGGGUUUUCGUCGACGAUCGGAGUCUUUAUCGGAGUUACAAAGCUCCGGUGUUUCCCGGUCGAGCAGCAACACAAAAGCCAGGAUGGUCAUGAGGAACAGCCGGUCUUUGGAUUACCAAAAGCUCCGUAGGGCUUGGAACACCUCGGCAGUGUCUCCGGCAUUGGAUAUCGACCGGAAUUCAUCGACAAAGAGCGUUGGGAAGCGCGACGUGUCGCCCAAAAAGGCGGGUCGGGUGCGGUGGUCGUCCUUUCUCAUGUUCGGGACGGUGAAGUUCCCGGCGGAGAUGGAGCUCGGCGACAUCAAGAGCCGGCAGGCCAGGCGGAAUGUCCCGAUCACGACGACGCUUUUUCCACCGAUGGAUUCGGGUGGGAAUUUGCCGGUUAGCCGGAGUAAUUCCAGCAAGAGCGGCGGCGGAGGUGGUGGCUCUUGGAGGCUGCUCAAGGCAUUGAGCUGCAAAGAUCAUGCAAGUGUGGCUGUAACGGCGUCGUUUUACGUGCCUAACGUGUAAAGCCUAGUGGUCACGUGACAUGCACGUGGUUCACAGGAAACGACAGCGACACGAAAUUCCCUUUAUUGUCAGCGUCUGGACUGAACUACCCUUGGCGGGGGUGCCACUACUAAUAGGUUUGAGUAUUUUGAAUCUGGGAGUAUUUUGAUUUUGUGGGGGCAAAAUGGUCAGAAGCGAGUAUUUUUGGGAGUUUGCUUUGAUUGUUGGAGAAAAUAUAUGUGGUAAUUAAGUAUAUGACUUUACGUAGAAGUAAAGAUUUGUGUACAGUGUUGAUCGGAAACCUUUUUAAUUAUCUGUUGUUGUUUUUGUUGUUGAUUAAUGAUAAUGUUUUU